ACACAAGGAACAUCGUCAUGCACACUUGAGUGAGCCUGCUUGAAGCAUUUGCUGCUCUCGGCUCCACCACGAUGGCGCUCCCGCUCCAGCAGUACGUCGCAUCCCUGGACAGCGCUUGUCUGCCCAGAAUCAUCCAGGUCUGCUCGGGGGUCUACUUCCAAGGCUCUGUCUAUGAGAUUUCUGGGAGUGAGGUGUCCUUCUCCACCGGGGACAUCAUCAAGAUCACCGACAUCAAACUCUCAUCUGUUUGUUGCGAGGACGUCAGCAACAAGGAGACCUUCGAGCUACCCGUCGACCAUGAAGGCUUGUUAAAGGUGAUCCCAGAGGAGAUGCCGUACAGCACAAUGGAGGAACUGGUCAAACUCAGGCCCGUGAGCUUAGAAAGGAGUCUCCCCGUCACAUUCACCAGCUCCACCAUGGUGGCGUUGGCUGACGUCACGCUGGGGACAGGCAGCGUCCUGACUUUGCUCGCCGUGGCGGAAGAGGAUAAGCGGUGUCGCUGCCGCAUCCUGGCCGGCGCGGGGCAGGCCUCGGCCGAGGUGGACGUGCCGCUGGGGACGCGUGGCCAGUUCUACGUGCACGAGAACGAAGAACGCUUCACCCCGAGGGACAUUGCGAUGUCACCGGCCCUGCGCAGUCUACGCUUCCGUUUUGACAACGCCGCCAUGUGCCAACGCACGCUGGUCCUCAGCCCUGUCUACCAGAUGGCCGCCAUCAUGAACAUGAGGAAGAACGUUCUGCAGUUCCCAUCCACCUUGGCGAUGGAUGUGGUGGAUAUCACCGACACGUGCGAGGGCAUCAGCUUUGUGGUUCCUCUCAGCUUGCAGGAAGUUUACUCCCAGCCGGGUCAAACCUUCCCCGUGGUGGUGGAGGUUGCGGAGGCUCCUGAGACCUGCUCAAUGUUCAAGUGCAAUUGGCUGCCGCGGCUCCAGACGGGGAUCCAGGUGAUCUUCCACGGAAAGACAACCUCGCCCAUGACUAUCAUGUCCAGCGUGACCAAGUGCAAGGCGCGGCAGUACUUCAUGGUGUCCGAGCAGUACGCGGGCCGCUUCCGCAGACGUCCCCGGGGCUUCGACUCUGUGUACGAGCUCUACGUGGCGGCCGCCCAAACUCCGGGAUUCAAAGUGUCUGCCACGAGAAACUGCGAGGAGGUGGAAGAGGAAGGCUUUCCCGGCCUCUCCAUCGGCGAGCGACUCGAAGUCAUCGGAUGCCAAAACGUCCGAGUCCUGGGCGGCCGGGUAGACGCCGUCGUUUGCCACCACCUUGGCGAGGUGGACGACGACGAAGAUGACGACCAAGAUGGAGAAGAGAAGACGGAGAACGUCAUUUAUCUGCCUUUGCAUAUGCAAGGCCAUUUUGUGGAACUGCUGAGCGACAAAAAGAAGUACACGCUCAACCAGCUGGGCAAGAAGCCUCCUCUGGAUGUGAAAGCUGUGACCCCGGACCCCGGGCUGGAGAAAGACCCUCUCGUUGACUUUUCCUGCCUCCGAAUAGAAGGGGCCACCCUGGAGCCCACCAUCCGGGCCAGCUUCCUGCACACACCCAGCAACUGCUUUGAGAUCCCAACCAAGAGACUCAGCAUGAACGUCUUUUGCACCCAGCAGCCACUCCCGUGGCCCCCAAACCAGGUCCCAAAAUGCAGCGUGGAAUGUGUCACAGAGGUGACGGACAAGUUCUUGCACCAGUUUCUAACGGAGAUCCAUCCCGUUACGAGUCCUCCUCCUAGACCCCCAAAAAGGAAUCUAUCGGUGCCGAAAGCAAACAAAAGCGUCCUGACCAAAACGUUUGAUGACAUGACCAUCAGAAGUAGAAGGAGUUCCCCGCCGUUGCCAGCUAUUCCGGCAAGCGUGCGCUAUCGGCCGCUACCAUCUGCACCACGUACGCUGUCAACGAUCUCGGUUCCGAACGCCGUGCCCAACCCUUACGUCGGCGAGAGACACAACUUCCAAAAUCCGGUACGCGAAGAGAAUAGCUCCAACUACGAGAAUGAGGAAGACGUGCUCGCAAUGACGCUGAAGAAAGCUCAAGAGAAUGUUAUGUUCUACUAAAGUGGAUUUAAUAGUGUCGCUACUUUUGGUAUGCACAACAUGACCACUAGGGGCAGUGUAAUCCAUAGUACUCCUAUAUGUUGAUGAAACAAAAUAGCUGUAAUACAUUUGAAUAAGAUUAAGACUUUUUUGACAGAGCUGUUGCUGCAUCGUUUCUGUUCAAAUAUAUUGUUUAAAAGUUUAAUGACCA